AGAUCCCUUCUGGAGCUGAAAGUUCUCACUUGUGCUCGUUCAUGGCGGUGUCCGGACUCCUCGGUACAAUCUUUCUUCUGCUCCUCCAAACCAGAAGCAAGAUGACACUGGGGCAUCAAGAAAAAGAUUUGUUCACAGCUUGCCCUUCAUCCUACUGCGGAAAAGGAGGCCCAGAGAUCAGAUACCCAUUUCGGCUAGAAUCCAGUCCACCAUACUGUGGUGCUCGGGGCCUAGUUCUCUCGUGCUUGGGAGACGACACCCUUCUCUCACUGCCUGGGUCGGGCUCCCAUAAGGUGAUUGCCAUCGACUAUACGGAAUCUUUAAUAACGAUCAAACUUGGAGAGCCGUGGUCUGACUGCCAGGUGCAAAACUUCAGCUCCACCAGCCUCAAAACGCCAGUUUACACACCUCCGACAGGCAGUUUGGUGAACUGUUCAAAAGCAUGGAAUGACGGGAGAGAAAGAGAAGAGUAUGGCGUGACACCGAUCUCAUGCUUGAGCGGUGCCGAUCAUUUUGUUUAUCUGGCUGAUGACAGCAUGGUUAUGAGCGCGCUACCUUUGGAUUGCGUGGUGGUUUCAACUAAUCUUGUGCUUCCACCAGGGAGAGAUUUUGAAAUGGGAGUGGUGAUGCUCAACUGGAACUCUCCUGAGACUGGCCAUAAAUGCAGAGCAUGCGAAUGGCAUGGAGGACGUUGCAAAUUUGACUGGGCAACAAACCAAGCUCCCUGCAGCUUUCCCGAACAGCCUGAUUCAGAUUCUUCAAACAAGAAUCACACUGCAGGUGAAGAUUAUUCAAACGUCAACCUCAUCAUAGGCUUAUCCCUUGGUGCAUUUGUCGUACUAGUGUCGGUGGCAUUCAGUCUAGUCUACAUCUUUAGAAAUCUGACAAGGAAAAAGAAGUACGUUUAAAGAUAGAAAUGUU